AAAUUAUUUUAUUGCUGCAUUUGAUUUCUGGCUUUAAUCAAAAACUUGGAAGCUGGAACCAGGAACCUGGUUGGCUUGAUUGAUAAGAGAUUAGAUUAGCGUCUUUGUUAGCUGGUGACCAUUAAUUUUUCGUCCGGUAUUUGUUGCACGAGGAGAGAAAGCCACGGGUCAUCGUUGCUGUCAGGUCGUUGAAUGACCGUGCAGAAUCGCGCGUGACGAAGGAGAUUUGAUUGUGCUCUCUCUCUCUCUCUGAUCCACUGACUCCGCUGCCCUGCCCGUGACCAGUGCUGACGUUAUCAGAUCGUUCUGGAAUCGAUGAGUCAGCGAAUGCUGGCCGUCUGAUAUAAUGGUGGUCGAAACCAACCAUCCCGACAGUCAUUCGCAAUCUCCUCCCGUCGACAACAACAUUAAUUCCGACCAUCUCAACCUGCAUCAUCUCCCCCCCAACACGCCCCCCGAGCAGCCGCCCUCCUCCGCCUCCUCCUCCGGGGCCUCCUCCAACUCCCUGCCCGGCACCCCCAGCGCCACCCCCAACUCCAACGACGAACCCUGCCGCGAACCCUCGCAGACCGACCGUCUCAACUUCCGCCUGCUGGCCUCCUUCCUCGAGCGCAUCAACAACGGCGCCUUCGCCCUCCCGCCCCACCAGCCCCCCUCCGACGAUGAAGGAGCAGGCGAUCCGCCCGCCCCGCGGGACCCCGGGCUGCUGCAGGACGCCGAGGCGCUGAUGAAGGACGCCGCCACCGCCCAGGGGCUCCUCAUGCGCCAUCCCCAGGUGCCGGAUGGACUGAAGACGGUCCCGGUGACGCUCUUCCCCACGGUGCUGGACCGGGGGAUGCUGGAGGAGGUGAGGGGGAUCCAGGGCAGUAUUAACGCGCUGAUGCACCGCGUGGCGCUGGAUCGCGGCUUUAUUGAGGGGGCGCUGGCGGGGGCGGCCUCCGUCGAUCCGUUUAUCGCUAAUUUGCUGGAGAUUUACCGGCAGGUGGAUGUGGAGAAGCAGUGGCAGUUGGGGCUCUUUCGCAGUGAUUAUUUAGAGCACGCCCCAGAUUCAGAGGAAAAUGGCACUGCUGGUGAUGGUAAUAAUUCCAAGCACCCUGCACCGGCGCGGUUCAAGCAAGUGGAGGUGAACACCAUCUGCGUGGGCCUCUCGGGCAUCGGUUCCCGUCUGGCGCCCUGCCACAGCCGCAUCCUCAACUUCCUGCAGCCGGCCUUCCAACCGGACUUCCCGGUAUCGGACAGCGAAAGCCUGCAUCUGUACGGGGAGGCGUUGGCGCUGGGGCACAGCGUGUACUGCCGCCAGCACCCGGCGCCGCACACCCGCGUCCUGCUCUUCGUCAUCCACAAGGGCUUCGAGUUCAACAUCAUGGACCAGCGCCUGGUGGAGUUCGCCAGCGGUCUGCCGACGCUGCGCCGGACGAUGGAGUCACUGCGCAGCACGGCCCGCGUCGACGCGGACGGCCGGCUGUGGGUGGAGGGCCUGGAGGUGGCUGUCGUCUACUUCCGCACCGCCUACAUGCCCGAUCAUUACGAUGGGAAGGUGGAUUGGGAUCUGCGGUUGCUAAUUGAGAAAUCGGAAGCAAUCAAAUGUCCCAGCGUGGCGUAUCAGUUGGCCGGCUUCAAGAAGAUCCAGCAGGAGCUCAGUCGACCGGAAGUCCUUUCUCGUUUUCUGCGCGACGACCCGGCGGCCUGCGCGGCGCUGCUGGCCGUCAACAUGCCGCAGUACGAUCUCGCCGACCCGUCCGCGGCCCCCGCCAUCGCCGACGCCCUGGCCCAUCCCGCCCGCUACGUCCUGAAGCCGAACCGCGAGGGCGGCGGCAACAACUUCUACUUCCAGGAUCUCGUGGACAGGAUCCAGGCCGUGCGCGGCACCCCGCUGGCGCAGGACUACAUCCUCAUGGCCAAGAUGCAGCCGUCCACGCAACGCAACGUCCUCAUCCGCGCCCAGACGCCGCCGGCCGUCGUGGACGCCGUCAGCGAGGUGGGCGUCUUCGGGACGGUGUUGGCGCGCGGGGAGACGGAGAUGCUCCUCAAUCGGCGCGCCGACGCGGUGCUGGUGCGCAGCAAGGCGCUGGGGGUCAAUGAGGGCGGGUUGGCGCUGGGCUGGUCCUGUCUCAGCUCCGCCUGGCUUGUCUGAUUUCCGACGGACGGAUUUUUCCUCGUUUUAUUUUUAAGCGCCUGUUGUGCUGAAUCUAUGUAUAGUUUUCAUGGUGUUUUUCUCUUUUGGAAUAUUAUCUUGUUUUUAUUUCCAGUUAGCGCCCGGCAAGUGUGCAUUGGAGCGUUUUGAAAUUUAGUUGAACGGUGCGAGCUACUGUAAUAAUAGUUUUCCAGUAGAUUGUUCUUCGGGGAUGAAUUAAACGGGUGGUGUGA